CUCCACGAGAAUUGUUUACACAGGAGCACAAGGACAUGAUGAAAGAGGGAGAGAAAUGGAUGAAAAAUACAGCCACUUCGUGUACGGUGUCAUGAUGUUUUUGGGAAUCCUUACAUCACGUUAUGCAGAAGAAGACUUCCUUAAAUCCUUGCCAACAAAGAUGAUAAUAGGUCUUGCCACCCUUUUCUUCGCUAUUACAACCAUGAUGAUAGCUUUUUCUGCUGCUCUUUUAAUUAUGCAAAGUGGAAAUUCAUGGAUUGUCAUUCCUAUCAUUUGUUUGGCUAUUGUCCCAGUCACCCUCUUCAUAAUUGCGCAGUUCCGCCUUCUUGUUGACAUGUCCAUGUCAACUUAUGGAGCUGGCAUCUUGGAUAGGAAAAUGAAGCCUUGGUUAUAACUUCUAUUCAUUGUGCUAUAUUGUACGUGUGUUUUAAUAAUUGUCACAACAGCCAGAAAUGAUUUUUUUCCCCUUGAACAGGAAACAAAUGAAUUAUGCACGAGCUGCAUCAUGUGUGAUUGAUUAUAAUUUCAGCUUAUAAAUCAUCAUUACUUUUCUUUAAUAUUUAUUUACUUUC